AUGGUAGCUGCGACGGAGGUAGACAUGAGCGAACUGGUAAAGAGUGGUGGUCGUGUAAAGAUCAAUGUAGGUGGAACUGUCUUCGAAACCACAGUGACCACGCUCACAAGACUGGGAAAUACUGUAACCAAAAUCUUAUCCUGUCCUAAUCCUUCGAUGAUAGAAGCUGUGCAGGUGCUCUCCGCCAUGGUAGCGGAUCGCUGGCGAAAUAGUGCGGACGAAUUGUUCGUGGAUCGAAGUCCGACUUACUUCGCAAAAAUACUGGACUAUUUGCGUGAUGGGGAAAAUUUUGCAGUUCCCACAGACUUUGAUGCACGGGAGUGUCUCCGAAGGGAGGCUGAGUUCUAUAAUCUACCUGAACUUGCCGACAUGUGCGCACCCGGUCUCCAUGUGGGUGAUUGGGUAGAGUGGAAGAGUAGCGCCGUGGAAGCAUACUGGAGAUUCUUUGUAAGGUAUGAAUAUAAUGAUAGAAAGACAUGUCCCACGUCUGUAGAUUGUUCCGAUUGUAAAGACUGUGGAUCGAAGACGUGCGGCUGUCCGUUAGAUGUACCUCCCAACUUCCGCUAUGAUGAGUGGAUGCACGUGAAACAUCGAAUGCAAUUCAUGAAUGGAAGGGUGACAAAGGCUGAUUCAAGGGUCUGUUGCAGCGUGCAUUGGGAUAACGGUUGGCGCGUCCAUUUCCCACAAUCUGCACUGCGAUUGGCUACAUCGCAGUAA